UCGUCUUAACAAAGGAAAAGCCCAAAAAAGGGCAGAAAAUAUCUCAUCCUCUGGUUUAGGAAGAAAUAAAAGCCACGCGUGCAUCCAUACACUUUUCGUGUUCCUUUAACAUCCUUCUAGGGUUCCGCCGUCCCCACGACUCCUCUCUCAACCCCCAUCUUCACCACGAUGCAGCCAGCAAAUUCCAUCGUUCCACCACCACAGUACCAGCAGCCGCAGCAGUGGAUGGCUCAGCAGCCGCCGCAAUAUCAGGUUGCGCCUCCGCAGCAAUCGGCAUAUUAUUACCAGCAACCUCCGCAACAGGGCGGAGUUCCUCCACCCCUACAACAACCUCAGUACAACGCCUCCGGUUUGGCUGCUACUACCGGUUCUGUUCCGCCGACUAGUGCUGAUGAGAUCCGAAGCCUAUGGAUCGGAGAUCUACAGUUUUGGAUGGAUGAACAAUACCUUCUCAGUUGCUUCGCACAAACGGGAGAGGUGACCUCUGCUAAAGUUAUCCGUAACAAGCAAAGUGGACAAUCAGAGGGUUAUGGCUUUAUUGAGUUUAUUAGUCAUGCUGCUGCAGAAAAGAAUCUGCAAGCAUAUAAUGGGACCUUGAUGCCUAAUAUUGAGCAGAAUUUCAGACUCAACUGGGCUUCACUUGGUUCUGGUGAAAAACGUUCUGAUAAUGCCCCUGAAUAUACAAUAUUUGUUGGCGACUUGGCGGCAGAUGUUUCUGAUUAUAUGCUUCAGGAGACAUUUAGGGCUAACUAUCCUUCUGUGAAGGGUGCUAAGGUUGUAACAGAUAAGGCCACGGGGCGCACCAAGGGUUAUGGUUUUGUUAAGUUCGGGGAUGAAAGUGAGCAGUUACGUGCUAUGGCUGAGAUGAAUGGACAGUUUUGCUCCACUAGGCCCAUGCGGAUUGGUCCUGCAGCUAACAAAAAGAUUAUGGGUGGUCAAAGUCAAGCUUCAUAUCAAAGUUCACCUGGAACUCAAAAUGAGGAUGACCCUUCUAAUACCACUAUUUUUGUUGGGAACUUGGAUUCCAAUAUAACAGAUGAACAUCUAAGGCAGAUUUUUGGACAUUAUGGGCAGUUGCUUCAUGUAAAAAUACCAGUAGGCAAGCGUUGUGGCUUUAUUCAGUUUGCUGACAGAAGUUGUGCUGAGGAAGCUCUACGGGUGUUAAAUGGAACUCAGCUGGGUGGACAAAGCAUCCGUCUUUCCUGGGGUCGAAGUCCUGCAAACAAGCAGCAGCCUCAGGUUGAUCCAAACCAAUACGCUGGUUAUUAUGGGUAUACAGCUGGAUAUGAUGGCUAUGGUUAUGCUCCCCCUGCUCAGGACCCAAAUCAGUAUUAUGCGGGCUAUGCUGGAUAUGGAAAUUACGCACAACCUCAACAACAGCAGCAAGUUUUGCAGCAUCCCCAGUGAGCAGGUCACAGGAUUUGCUGAGUGCUUUCCAGCAUGAUAUAUGUAUUGAUGUUAUAAGCGGCACAUGAGAUUAUCAGUUGGAAUCCAGAUGUGUAUUUCUUUAUCUUAGGGUGUUGGGAACUUUGUAGGCAAUUUCUUGGGGAUACAAUUUAUGAUAAUGAUCAACUGAUUGUAUGCUGUUUGUUUUUUUCGUGUUGCCAUUUUGGUACUACUUAGAUAUAUGAGAUCUGGAUAUACUAGAAGAUCUCGGAGAAGUGUAGGCAUGUAUUUUUAUACUUGUGCUUUUUGGCUAUGCCAGCAGUGCUUAACACUC